GGGAGGUCCAGGAGGGGCCGAUGCGCGCUGCGACCGCAAACCUCGACUUCUGCCCCCACAAGUACUCCCUACUCAUCAUUAUCGGAGGGACCGCUCACCUCAAACAGACGGGACACAUCAGCAGGGACAUUGAACGAGGUGUUCGGUCAUGGGACAUUGACUUAAAAUCCUGUAACCUGAACCUCUACCUGCAAGAAUUCCUGUCCCAUCACACGGCGUCAUUCAAAGGUGCAGGGCACAAGUGUCUGCGCCACAGCGCCAGAGUGUUGGACACUCAGGUGCUGGUCAGUCCAUCUCAGGAACAGGUUCAUUCAGAGGUAUUUGCUCUGCUGUCGAGGGGGUCGGCUCAUAAACUGUUGAUCUUGGCUGGCCAGAGCGUGGAGGAGAGUGGAGACCUGCUGUUCCACAGAGGACUGUUCUCGCCACAGCAACUGAAACAAAUACUAACGGAGCAGUUCAUAGAUCAAGAGAGCUCUGCUUCCUCCUGCAAGCUCAGCCUGACCCUCAGCUGUCCCAACAUCGGCGAGUGGAGGAAGACCCUCUUGGGGAACCAGCCUCUGCAGGGUCCUUUCACGCUUCACAUCAAUCCCCCAGAGGUGCUGCCUGCCAUGGAGGCCCUGGGGGAAUUCACCUCCCUCAUCUCCAGUACCCUUUGCCCUCCAUCCAUGUUUGACCUCCUGCCUCCUCCCACCACCGUCGGUUUCCUCAAGCUGUCCCGUCCCUGCUGCUAUGUGUUCCCUGCCGGCCGCGGUGACUGUGCCUUCUUUGCUGUAAAUGGGUUCACGGUGCUGGUGAAUGGCGGCUCCGACACUCAGGCCUGUUUCUGGAAGCUGGUCCGCCACCUCGACCGUGUUGAUGCAGUUUUGUUGACGCACAUCGGGACAGAGAACCUGCCAGGUGUUAACACCUUCCUGGAGAGGAAGGUGGCAGAGCUGGAGCUGAGCUCUGAUGUCAAAGACGACUUGUCUAAGAGGUUGAUCUCCCCUGAGCUUGGAGUUGUGUUCUUCAACGCCCCCGGCAGGUUGCAGGUGGAGCAACAGCCUUGUGUGGAUAAUGUACUGAAGAGCACACAACAGGCAGCCCUAACCCUACAGUUGUUAAAGAAGUUAGAGAUCAGACCCCAACCAAUGUUUCGACCACAAGGAGUCCCCAUUGAGCCACUAACCUUGUUCCAGAAGAUGGGAGUGGGACAGCUGGAUUUGUACAUCCUCAAUCCUGGCAAAAACAGCCAGGAGUACCAGACGCUCAUGCAAAACUGGCCUGAUGCAGUGUCAUCAGCAACCAAAUCCCAAACUCUCCCUCUCCCUCUCACUGCACUGGCCUCGGUGUCUGCCCUGCUUGUGUGGCAUCCAGCCUGCCCUCAAGAGAAGGUGGUCAGGGUGCUCUUCCCGGGUGUUACCCCACAGGCGAAGGUGCUGCAGGGGCUAGAGAAGCUGAAGGGCCUGGCCUUCCUCCAAAAACCCACCGUGACAACCGGUGACCUGGAGAGGCUCGGGGAAGACAGGAAGACCAAGAGGACAGAGAGCCAGGACAGUGGCAGGUCACUAGGGAAGGAAACAACAUUCAAACAUGGAAAAGAAAGAGGGGUGAGAGAAGAGGCAUCAGUGAAGGAGAAGGGGAAAGGAUUAAAUGGAGUUGUAGGAAGAGAUGAUGAUAAAACCAAAAUCAAAGAGGUGGGUGUAAAGCAAAAAGCAGCAUCGUCUGAGAAGAAUAUGUCAAAGAAAGGAGGAGGGAAGGAUGGGAAGACUGGCAAUAAAGAUGAGAAUAGUAUUAUGAAGAAUGAUCAGAUGAAAAAGGAUGGUCUAUCUUCCAAACCAAAGAAUGAAAAUAAAACUAAGCUCAAAAAGGAAGCAAAAAAUGACUCGAAAACAGGGGUGAAGAUAACAAGAAAACCACCAGGAAAGGAGGCAAAUGAUGGCAAGAAGGCACAUGUAAACUCUGAAUUGCCAAAUAAGAACUCAACAAAACCUGAUCCUGGCCCUGUGUUAGAAAAGUCAGAGCCGGACUGCCCUGCUACAGAGCAGCAGAAUCAAAAACCGGAGAAAGAACAUGAAGAGAAACCCUGUGGCUCCAAAGCAUCUACCCCUGAGGACAUGACAGCUGAUUUCCUCAGGCUGCGAGAGGGAACUGAAGGAGAAGAGGCGCAGGAGGGAACAGCAGAUGAAGGAGAGCAGAAAAGCAGUGAGUCAGGAAAUGAAAAGAGCCUUGGAGAUCUGAACAAAGAGACAAGUAAUGAAGCUGCUGAUGGAGCAGUGGAGGAAGCAGCAGGUGGCGCAGGGAUAAUGGGAGGAGAGAGUGGUGGUAAUGAAGUGAAAAAUAAGGCUGGGACUGGAGAGAAAGCUGGUGUAGACAUGCAGAAAGGGUCUGAAGACCAGCUUGGAUAUGCUACCAAACCAGCAAAGGUUGUGGGAUUUCCAUCUCCCUUGAACAAGAUGCCAAAGGACGAGUGCACAGUCCAGCUAGACUUAACCCCGACUGAGUACACUCUCCUAGAUGGGGCUUUGAGACACAGCCCUCCCUCAAGAUCCUCUCCAGAGAACCAGGCCCCUGUCAGCCCUGAUGAGGAGACCGUGGAGCCGGCCUCCCCUGACUCACGGCCCAACAGUGCGGGCCACACUCCUUACUGUCUUUCCCCAGAUGAUGUGUGGUGCAACAGGGCCACUCUUAGCAGGCUACAGGCCCAGAUGGGUAACUUAGAGCCCACUGACGUCAGCCAGUCAAGUGGAUCAUCCAGACAAAGUGAGGGGCAGCUAUGCCACCCCAAAAACACUCCAGAGAGCCACACGAAUCCCAGGGAGAAGCAUCUAAGUUUCCUUUCUUUGGGUACAUUUAAAGAGGGAUCUUCAGACCCCUCUCCCUCUGUGGCCACCACCACCACCACCACUACACACUCCAUGCCAGCAGAGGUGAGCUCACCUCAGUCCACAGAAGUAGACGAAUCACUGUCCAUGUCCUUCGAGCAGGGACCAACCAAUGUGAGCCAGAGAGAGGGAGAAGACAGUGUUCAUCACUCCCACUCCAAUGGAGGCCAUUUUGUGGGGAUGUCUUUACCGAUGAAGAAGCCUCCCAGAUCUUUAGGUCAAGGUUCAGAGAUGGGGCGACCUCCAGCCCCUAACACACUUCAUUUUGAGGCGUCACCUCAUGAUGUGGAUCUUUGUCUGGUUUCUCCUUGUGAGUUUAAGCAUUUCAAAGCCCCUGACUCCAGCUCAGGUGCCAGUGAACCCUCCAGAGGAGCCUUUCCUACGCAUCAUCACGGCAGCAACAAUAACAAUCCUAAGGACACGUCACCCAGUGAGUCAAAUGCCCCCGUUUGUACAGAGGACUGUCCGUCCACCACGGCAGAUGGAGCUCUGGACUCGGAUGAGGAUGAGUCGUGCAGUGAGCCGACUAACUCCCCCCAUGACCUCUGCACCAGCCAGGCUCUGCCCUCAGACCCUCUUCCAGCCCCUCUCAGGGACAGUCCGCCUCUGCCCCCACAUCCUGACGCCUCCAUGCCCGUUCCUCAGUCUGAAUCUGAUGCCCACGGGAAGAGAGCUAAAGCCAGCAUCAUGCGGGGGAAAAAAACGCCAGGGGUUAUUGAGGGCUCCCAGAAAUCAGGCUCAGGAAAAAGCAAGACAGGGAGCCAAAGUGGAGUCACAAAAGGGAAUGUUUCUUCCACUCGCACGCCUUCCUCCAACAGCCGCUCAGCUCCGGCAAAAUCCUCAUCCAACCCAGGCUCUAAGUCUACCUCUGCUGGUGAAGUCAGCGUGUACGUGGACCUGGCCUACAUCCCCUCUGGAGCCUCGUCUUCAACAGUCAGUGUGGACUUCUUCAGGUGUGUUCGCUCCUCCUGCUACAUCAUCAGUGGCGACAGUCCAGAGAGGGAGGAACUAAUGAGGCAAACACUGGAUGCCCUACUGGAUGCAAAGAUAUCCUGGCCUGACACUAUGCAGGUGACAGUGAUCCCUACCUUUGAGUCAGCGUCAAUGCAGGAGUGGUACCAGCAGACCCUGGACAGACAGAGGGAGCUGGGCCUCACUGUCCUGGGAUCCAACAGCACUGUUGCCAUGCAGGACGAGACCUUUCCUGCCUGCAAGAUAGAGUUCUGAGGCAUGCAUGUGAGAUGCAGAGGUGGAGGGUGAAUAUGAGAUUAAGGAUGGAAAUGUGCGCGUGAGAGAGACAGAAAGAGUCUGGAGCUAAGAGUUACAGAAUUAGAGAGUUAGAAACAGAGAUUAUGGGGCAAUAAAGGAAAUAUGGUGCCCCUUACUGCACGAAAAUGACCGAAUGGGUAAUUAAAUGGGGUAUUCACUCCAUCCCUUCCUGGUUUUCACUUCUUUUUGGGCUUCUUUUGCAUCAAAGAGCCCUUGUUUCUCUUCAUCCAUGGAGAGCAUACAUCCCUGUGGGGAGUACUGCAUGAUUUUUUUCGACCAAUGACCCUGUGUCAAACAGGAGAGGAGAUCACACUGGCUGUGAGAGAAGCAUGUCGGGCUGCAAACAUGUAGAUCCACAUGAAAGUCGAUGUUGUAGAUUAGUCAAAAUAGUUAGCACACAAGGGGUUAAAGGCACUAUGUGUGGGAUUGUUUUCUCAAUACGUGAAGCGCUGAGAAGUGACUGUGACAGCAGCCUGUGCUACAGUAUGUGUCUGGGUCUAUUUAGCUGCUUUUAAUGCUACAUUACAUACAAGUCCCACCUGAGGGGAAUUGAAGGAUCAUUUAGCUAAUCCAACAGCUCGAGAUAUUCCAAAAUGGCAAGAUUGUGCAAACUUUCGUUCGUUAAAGCAUUGUUUGCAUUGUGUUUCAUUUACUUACUAAAGUUCACAGUAUAUGGCCAGAUAUUUGUUGUGAGCACUGUGAGCAGAUAUUGAGGUGAGCUGUGUGCCGUGUGUUGUGCCUGCUUUAAAAAGUAUUGCGCCACUGUGGCUGUGACUGCCGAGCAAACAGACGCUGAUGUGUCCGGCUGUUAGUGAGUGAUAAUCGUGUGAGAUUACUGAAUCUGAGUGUGCAAAAACAAAUCUGUCAGAAGGGAUUAGAGCACCAGAUUAAAUUUAAUAUCAUUACAGCAAUCAUUUUAUUAAGUAUGGUUCUGUAAUUGUAAUCCAUUACAAGUGCUUAUAAUCAUGCUAAUCAGGAAUCAGACUGCAAAUGCUUUUGCAGACUUAUGUGUUGACUUGUUAUCCAACUCAAAAAAAAAAAAACUUAUAAAACUUUAAUGUAAUGACAUGUAUAUUGAUUGUGAAUAUGAUGGAUAUGAUCAUACAUUAUAUUGUAGACAAAUAUUUUGCACAGCAUCACAUGAGGGUUUAUUCGCAGUGGGUGUUUAUGAGUUUUCCAAUUUGUAGUAUGUAAAUAAGAAUAAAUUAACAAAACAAACUAAUGUUAUUUAUAAUUGGAGCCAAAGUAAUCCUGGAAAUGAAAUGAAAAUAAAUUAAUUACUUAACAACACACAUAAAAAUUUAUUUUAUCUGUACAUAAUUUCCUAAUAAAUUCCCACAAGACAUGGUUCAAUUGAUACAUUUCCAAUUAAUUGUUAGCAUAAAGUUGGACAUGCAAAAAUGUCAAAUUUGUGUACAGGCAAGCAUACAAUUUAACAGAUAUAAAGAGUAAUUUUUUAAUAAUAAAUGAGUGUUUACUUGGAUUUAAGUAGAGCAAAAGAAUUUUCUCUGGAUAUAUAUAACUGCUUGUAUCCUCAAGACAACUAACUAAACCAACUACACUCUAGCGUCUCUGUAAUUUUUACCGAAUUUCAGGUUUAGACCCAGUAUAUUUUAAUUGCAAUUUCAAGUAAUCAGUAAUCUUUAAUGUAGUAGAUUACAUUUUAACCUCUCUAGACCCGUCUGUCUGUUUUCCUUCCUCUAUCCUUUCAUCCCAGUCUGGAUGUCGAAGAAUAGAUCUCAUACGGUGGGAUGUAUAAGAAAUCACUAUUUAAACUAUGAUUGCCUUUUUAGCUACUUAUUUGCCACAUAAAUGUGAAUGUGACUGUGGCAUACUGUUUCCUCAAGACCAAAGCAUGAGAUCAAAAAGCCCCCAUUGACCAUUUUCCUCUCCAUCUAAAUGCUGCCUACAAAUACAAAAAAUGUCAUUUUCAUUCAAUAUCUCUAAAUUAUCUGAAAGAUAUUUUGUAGUUAUAUAAACCCACUGUUCAUCUUUUAUCGUGAACUUGUAUCACCUUUGAGAAUAAUGCAAAUUAGUUUUAUUUUGUGCAAUCAAUUUACUUUCUUUUUUUUUUUUAAAUCACUUU